AUGGACAACAACUCUUUGCCAAUCAGGUCUUCGCGGGGGGGUCGUGGCGGCGGCGGCGGAGGAGGCGGACCGACGAGACCGUCGGCAACCACCGCGACAAACAACAGCUCAAACGGAAGCGCGAACAGAAAUCGAACCGACGACCCCCUCCCUCGCCCUAUCGUCGCUUCAGCCCUGCGCGCAGCCGCGCCUGCGGCCAGCUUGAUAUCUCAGGCCCUAAUCAGUGGGACUAUCACGGAAAACGGCGACUUUGCCCGCUCGGCAGCCAAGAUUUGUGUCGGCAGACUGGCUCAAAAUCUCCGGAGCACCCCCUAUGCCAUCAUUGGCGCUUGCGCCCUCGGACUCCUGGGCAUCAACCGCGCCGUCGAGGACGUGGAGGUGUUUGUCCCCGCUGGCGAAACGGGUGAGACAGUCAAGACGCUUUGUGCACCCAAGAAUAGCGCCUUCAAGAACCGUCAGGAGGGGGGGAAGCUGCGGGUUUGGUACGAAAAGGAGGGUAAGAGGGUCAAUAUUUACUUCCGCGAGCCAGGGCGCGUCCAGCAGGAGUUUCCUGCUUGCCUGAACAACGGUACGGUCAAGGUCGGCCAAGUGUACGUCCUGAAGCCGACGCUGCUUCUCAACAUACGGUGUGCUUCAUGGACCGAGAACCGGGCGCAGAACAGGCGAGAGAGGCAAGACCAGGACGCCGCCGAUAUUGACCAUCUGCUCAAGUUUAUCGCCUUGCAAAUCAAAGGAGAGUUACCGCACGCGAACGCUGAGUUUCUUCUUCGGUUUGCUGCUUCUAAGCCUAUUGUUCAGGCGGGCUUUAUGGCUCUCGGUAUCAGACUUCCACCGAGCGUCACUCAAUGA